UGGCGUUCUCCAGGAAGGAGCUUUUUUUUCCCACCCAGAGCUUGUGAGAGUUUGGAGGUGAGAGGCUGGAUUCUAUCUACAUUUGCGUCUCCACCGUGGGGCAAUAUGCCUAGCACAUAGGAGACUCCGCCCCCGCGCCUCAUUCCCAGCACAGCCGCCCCCAGCUCCAGCCAGAGCCCCCGUCUUCCCCCCGGUGACCAACUUUUCAGAGGGAUGUGCAGGGCAGCAAUGGAGGAGUUUCUUACCCAGCCCCCGCUGCUGUGGAUCCAGUCGGCCAGCCGCGUCUCCAGGACCUUUAACCCAGUGGUCUCUACGUGAGCUGGGGCUUUAGCCAAGCAUCAGGGAGUCAGGACUUGGAUCGCAAGCAGUUUCUGCAGGGUGUGAAGCCAUCUGACCACAGCUGAUCCACACGAGGGCACCCUCAGGCAUUCUGAUUGGGGCCCACCAGCUCUUGCAGCUGGCACUUCCUUCAGCUCCAUUUGGAGGGCUCUCCAACCAAAGGCCGAAAGAGAUGAGAAAACUGAGGUCCAGAGAAGUUGUGCCUUGCUCAAGGUCACGCAGCUAAAUAGCACCAGAGGUGAGACCAGAAACUAUGUCUUUCCACAACUCUCAGCUCAGAACUCUUUCAAAUGGGCCACCCACCCUUUUGAGUGCCACAUCUCAGCUUCUGUUUGAGACUCUAACUAGCUUUCGUGACCUUCCCAUGUUUUCGCCCACCAUCUUCCUCCCAAACCUGGAGCCUAGGGUUUGGGAAAGAAGACGUUGAGCCCUGAAGAGAAAGUUACAGGCUGGGCCUUUUGAAACUUCCCCGAAAAGAAAAGGAAAGGUUACUCUCUACUCCCUGCGUUAACUCUUCCCGUGCCGAAAGGCUGAGGCCGUUAAAAAAAAAGAAAAAAGGCAGAGUGGUCUCACUCAGGACCUGUAGGCUGGAGUGCCCACCUCCUGAUGGAUGGGGGAGCCACCUGUCAGAGGGCUGUGGGCGAGGGCCGCGGGACCGGAGAGUGAGCGCCGCUGAGCGCACGCUCAGAGCAGAGAGACGCAGGAGGUGAUGGUCAAAUACCCUGGGAGCUGAGGUGGAGGAUUCUGGAGGUGACAGCAAGGAGAGUACGCAACUGCGAAGGGCGCCUGAAGCUUCUGCGCCGACACCAGGCGGGUGGGAGACAGGAAAGGAAGGCAGCGCGGCGGCGCUGCGGGAGGGCUCCGCCGGGGCGGGGGGUGCCAUGUCUCGCGAGCGGCCCCCCCGCACCGACAUCCCCCGCAACCUGAGCUUCAUCGCCGCGCUGACAGAGCGCGCCUACUACCGCAGCCAGCGGCCCAGCCUCGAGGAGGAGCCGGAGGAGGAGCCAGGCGAAGGCGGGACGCGCCUCGGGGCCCGAUCCCGAGCUCCCGCUCCGAGUCGGGGGCGCAGGGCUCGCUCUGCGCCCGCCGGAGGCAGCGGUACCCGGGUGCCCCACAGCCGCAGCCCCGACACCCGUAAGAGAGUGCGUUUCGCCGACGCGCUUGGGCUGGAGCUGGCCGUGGUGCGCCGCUUCCGCCCGGGAGAGCUACCCCGGGUACCCCGCCACGUGCAGGUCCAGCUGCAGAGGGACGCCCUUCGCCACUUCGCACCGUGCCAGACCCGCGCCCGAGGUCUCCAGCAGGAGGCGCGCGCUGCCCUGGAGCCGGCCAGCGAGCCUGGCUUCGCGGCCCGCUUGCGGACGCAGCGAAUCUGCCUGGAACGCGCUGAGGCGGGCCCGCUGGGCGUGGCCGGGAGCGCGCGCGUGCUGGACCUGGCCUACGAGAAGCGCGUGAGCGUGCGCUGGAGCGCUGACGGCUGGCGGACCCAACGCGAGGAGCCCGCCGCCUACGCCGGUCCGGCCCCGUCCCCGCCGCGCGCCGACCGAUUCGCCUUCCGCCUGCCGGCGCCACCCAUUGGUGGCGCCCUGCUUUUCGCUUUGCGCUACCGCGUUAUCGGCCACGAGUUCUGGGACAACAACGGCGGCCGUGAUUAUGCUCUCCGUGGGCCCGAGCACCCGGGCAGUGGUGGAGCCCCGGAGCUCCAGGGCUGGAUCCACUUUAUCUGAGACGCCUGUGGCCGACGGCGGAAAAAAAUCAAAGGCACCGGGGGGCUGGGGGGAGCCCGAAGAUUUGGUGGGGAGGAA